AUGAAGAUCAUUACUUCAGUUAAGAUAUUUGUGUUGGUUCUGAGCUUCUUAAUAUUUUAUGUAGCUUUUUCUAGCAAUAAUAUUAGGAUAUCUGAAAAUGGCGUGAAUAGAACUAUAGCUGACAGAAAAUUUAAAGAUACUAAAAAAUCUUAUUUGUUCGGUGAUUUAAACUUAUAUGAUGAGACAAAUUCCACACCACGAAUUUUUAAGAGCGAAUACUUACACAAAAUAGCAAAGCAGUGGCUUAUGAAAGUUGGAGUACCAAAGGAGAUUCCUCCAUCUGCUUGGUGUGAUAGUGAUGGCAUUGUUAUUUCUAUCCCAAUCUCAUCAAUAUUGAAGAAAAAGUUGAUCAAUGAGAUCUCAGCACUUGGUAUUGAUUUGCAUAUUAUUGAUGAAACAACAAUACUUAAUGCAAACCUUACCAUAAGUGAUGAAACUAAGGGUAGUUGUAGUAAAGCUUUUAUUGUUGAAGAGUUUUAUGAAAUCAGUGGAAAUAAAAAAGUUGAUGCAAUAUUUAUUAAAAGUGAGAAAUCUUGCGAGGAUUAUUCGUUUUCUACACAUAACUACAAAUAUUCUGUGUAUUCAGUUGAUCCACUCGACAAAAAGAUUUGGUCAAGAAGUAUCGAUAGUAGUAACAAGGAGAGUGAUAAAAUUGGCCUUGCAAGUAUGAGGUUGCCAUCAAAAUUCACUGUAAUCGCAGUAUGCUCAUGCUGUUUCAAGGGAAAGGAGUGUUAUCCAAAUGUUAGAUGGUCUAAUGUAGUUCGUGCAGGAAUCAUAAAAUCAAAUGAAAUACCAAAUCGUGAAAAUGGUAAAGAAUUUCAAAAAGCUAAAGAACUACCAAUAUAUGGAAUGUUAAUAUCAUCCAUAUUUACUGCAGGUGAAUAUAAUGAAGUUAAUGUUCCUAAUAACGAAGAAGAUCUUAUAUUUGAUAAUCAUAUUGAUAGACGCUAUACUGAAAAUUGUUAUCCUAACAUCUACCUGUGGCCAUCUUACUGUGAGUACAUAUAUAUAAAAAAUCAACAGGAUCAAGAUAAACAUUUAUCAAGGGUACCAAUAGUAGUUUAUGGCUGUCCAUCUAGUAAAGAUAUAAGUUUUACUAUCUUGUUGAAUAUUCCAUAUCAUCUCAUCUUUUCAAUAUCUAAGAAAAAGUUAAUUCAAGAAAUAGAUGGAGAUGUUUCAGAUUAUCAGAUAUCUCUCAAGUGUGCUAUGCAAACCUUCGCCGAACCUCAAAGUCUCAGUAAAAAUUGUAGUAGUGUUCUAAGCUUUGAACAACCAAAUCUUCUUCAAGGAAAUUCCAAAUAUCUGCCAUUAAAUAGUUGGAGAGAUAUUAAUACUAAAACUCUAACCAAUCAAUUUAAAGAAGAUUUCAAUAUAGAAAAAAUUCAGUUGGAAGAUACUGAAGUUAGUAAAAAUGAUUAUUCUAACAAAAGGUGGUCCUCUGAAAUAUGGAACUCCAAUGUUAAGAUGAGGAGAUUAGCACAACCUAAUCCACAUGGAAUGAAAUCUCAUAUAACUGGAAAAACUGUAAUGAAAACUCCAACUGUUGGUACUAAUCAGCGAGGUGACAAAGCAUAUCUACUCUUCAACAAAAAUAUGAAUUCACAUAUGCAAUCUGUUGAUAGAGUAGCUAGUGAGCAACUAACAGAGCAAUACUACAGAAGUAUGCCACAACUUCCAGUAGUGCAUGCCAUCUUCCAAAAUUUACUUUGGCGUGACUGGCUCAUUAGAUAUGCACCCCUUGUUGGUUCUGAUGGGAACUUUAUAAGAGUUGGCCGAAAUUAUGCUUUUGCAUUUAUUGGAGAUUCGUAUAUUGAACAAGCUGUAACAUAUGGAAUGUCAUAUAACACUGCUAUUUUUUCCUUCUUAUCAGCAAAAGCUUUAACUGAUCUAGGAAGGUUCUUUACAUUUGGUUAUACUCAAGGACUAUAUGGAGUUCGUAUAGAUCGAUCCAAUACACUAAAUGCUUGGGGAAUUGAUUUGCAGUCACGAUACUUAAUAUCAUCAACUCUAGCAACUUUUGGAUUAAGAGAAUAUGCUCAACAUAUAACAUUAAGAGAUAUUAGUCUAUCGGCUAGGCAUAACUUUUCUCCCUUACUACCCAUUAUAUCUGGUCAACAAUUCAGUACAGAGGCCAUUGCUUCAUAUAAAACAUUGUUUAUUGAUGUUGCUACAAAUGUUAAGCAGCGAUCUUAUGGAGUUGCAAUUGGACUAAGGGGAUAUCAGUUUACAGUUGUAAGAAGCUUUACUACUCGAACUACAGACUUGCUAGGAAAUUGGGGAAACGGUUGGCAACUUUUGCUUAGUUCAACUUUUCCAACAGAUAAUGAUCCAUCUGUUAUUGCCCGUGCAGGUGCUGGAAGAUUAGGAAGAUCGUUUGUUUUAGCUGGAGCUGGAGUUGGAAGUGACCUGAUCCCUGUAGUAUCGUUUCAAACACAACUAGAUGACGUAGGAGUUAUUAUUGAGUUCAGUCCUGGUAUAAAAGAUAGGAUAUUUGCCUUUGGAAUUGAAGUUAAUCACUUUGCAUACUUCUGGGAAUCCAUAUUUACUCCUAAAUCUAUCCCUGUCCCUCUAGUUUUGGGAAUAGAACCUGAAGAUUUAAGUAAGGUUGUAUUUGGUCAAUAUGCUAAGUAA